ACUUGGGACCAGCCCAUUAGUCAAAAACCCUUUCCAAUACCAUAACCCCCAGUUCUCCCGGAUUCAGCCAUUGCUUUUCGUUUGUUCACCGAAGGAGGAAUUGCGGAAGAGAGUUCGAAAAAUGGCUCUUUUGCGAGCAAUAUUGCAGACGAGAACUCUACAAGCGAAUCCGGCACCUGGGUUCUCCCGAUUCUACUCCCAGUCCUCCCCUUAUCUUGUGAAAGUGGGGAUUCCGGAGUUCUUGAAUGCAAUAGGGAAAGGCGUUGAGAACCAUGCUGCCAAGCUUGAAAAUGAGAUUGGAGACUUUCAGAAACUUCUCGUUACUAGGACAUUGAAGCUUAAGAAGCUUGGAAUCCCUUGUCAACAAAGGAAGCUGAUAUUGAACUACGCCCAAAAGUACAGGCUCGGUCUGUGGCGACCCAGAGCAGAACCUGUGAAAGCGAAAUGAAUCUUUGAAGCAACGAUAGCUCGAGGACUGGCAUGGCAACAUUUGUUUGUUCCUUUGUUGGCGACUGAAGAGAAGUCUUAGUCUAAUGAUCUAUGUAACCUGCGAAAUUUCUCAGUUAUUGUCCUACCUCAUGGUUUGUAUUACUUGGCAAUUUAGCGAAGUGUGCAUAAGCCGAGUGUGACAAAACACUGUUAUUGCACAUGGCAAAAAUAUCAAUUAACAAUAACAUUCCG